AUGCCAGCUCCUGCAAAUGGCGCCUGCGUUAAGUGGGACGACCACCCGGAGAUGCGAGUCGGCUUCGCAGUACUACACAGGGAGCUCGAAAUGAGCAGUCGCAAUCGUGUGAAGGUCAUGAACGUCGCCUUCGAGGACCAGCUGGAAGCCUGUGGCUAUCCGGAUGGAGUUCCAGAAGACAUGUUUGACACACUCGAGUCUGAGUGGCGCGAGAGACGCAAGACUCAGAACGCGUGGAAGUGGAGAUUUACCGACGCCCAGAGAAAAGCGAUGGAGGACAAACUAAAACCAAUCGCAACUUCGUUGGGUAUCGAUACUACUCAGCAGGGCAACACAGCAUCACAGGCGACUUCAAACGGACGAGGAGUACGAGCAGCAGCGAGCGCAGGAGAUGACGAGGAAGAGAAUAGGGAGGGCGAAGUCGACGAUGCAGAGCGUCAGGACACCGACAACGACGACGAAUUCGUCGAGCGAGGUCGCCAAUCUAGACGCGGUAGAGGCAGGGCAGCUACUACCAGCAGAGGUCGAGCCACCACAGGCAGAACUUGCGACACGAACCGCACUCGCAGCGCUGCUACAUCCAGAAGCACUGCCGCUCCCGAGAACAAGAAGAACCCAGCGACCAAAGUCAAGCAACCGCGCCAGCAGAAGCUUCGGCAGAGCGCCAUGCCGUUGGCUCAGAAGUUCAAGAAGGUAGGCGAUCCCGUCCCAGAGCCCGGCUUUGCACCGCUCGAGAGCACUACCGAGUAUUUCAAUCAACCACCCGUCGACAGUGGCUGGGUUCUGCCUGGUGAUGAUCCGAGACCACUACAGGAUCAGGAGGCAGAGCAGAGGGGUCGCGAAGGUGGAGAGUACGAAGAGGAGGAUAAUGAACAAGAUCCCGAAGAUAUUGAAGGCGGAGCGCAGUCCAAUCCGAUUCCUAUCGACAGCGAUGCCUCUGACUCGAACUCCAGCGACGACGACGAAGAGCCCGCACCUCAGAACGGACGUCGCGCUCAAGGUCAACCGGAAAACGGCGGCUUCGACGAUCUGGAAGAAGAUGAAGAGGACGAUGAGUACAACUUCGGCGAGCCUGCAGCGUCAGGUCCAUAUCCUCGCGAUCAUAAGCGUUACGUGCCUCCGGGCAAGAACAAGCCUUCCGCCAGACCAUCAAAGACGACAGGCAAGGCCACCAGCCUGAAGAAGGGUGGAGAGAAGAACCAGAAGACUAGCGCCUAUGACAACCCGUAUGACAACCCCCAUGACAAGAUCAGCGACGACGAGCAGGAAGACGGCCUCUUCGACCCCGAGGACGAAGGUACUCCGCCACGAGGCAAGAUGUCGAAGUCUGCAGCAGGCAAGGUGGAGACUGGCAAGAAGAAGAGUCAGAAGAACGAGAACACUACACAGAACAAGACCAAGGAUGCUCAUCACGACGAUGGCCUCUCUUUCGACGACGAGCCAGAGAAUGAGGGAACUCCGCCGCCAGUCCAGAAGACCCAGCCGGCUCCAGGCAAAGAAUCUGGUUCUGGCAAGAAGGGUCGUUGGGGCAAGAAGCGUCCAAGCAACUUUGAGUAA